GCACGUGCUUGUUUACACUAGAAAAACGAAAUUACAGAUUAAAUUACACGAUACGAGCUUGGGAACCCGAAGAAAGUAUAUACCAGCUAGUACAAAGGUUUGUCGUUUCGCUGAAAAAAAAGAAAAAGAAGGAUACUCUUCCUUCAGCUGUGAAUACUCACGGUAUCACGUGAUUUAUAUUUACCACAUUCUCACGUGACGCGGGCACGUGAUCGAAGACGAAAAAACUGCUAGCCUUGUAGCAGUACGUCUAGUAACGACGUAACAUAACUGUCACUUGACCAAAGAACUAUAUUUAGAGCAUUCUACGUAGUUAGGAAGAUAUUCUGGACGUUUGUCGUAGUGCGAAGGCAAGACGAGGUUGCUUUACUCUCCGUUAUUACAUAAAUUACUAUUAAUUGUAAGAGAUUUGUCAUUCGUCCUUAUCCUACGAUAGACCAAUUUCCUUAAUAUAAUUUCGAAUUACCGUCUAUCUUCAUGUGCUUAGUAGGUCGCUGUUGGUUGGCAACAGAUAACGCAGCCAGGUGGCUGUACUAGUUGAGUAAACAGGUGUGUCUGCCUUUACGUCGUGUAAUUUACAAACCCGUACUGUUACCUAGUUUAUGAUAUACGUUGGAACACUCGCUUUAGAAAAAGGUGUGUUGUUAUAAUUGCGAAAGUCUGCUCAUCUGUUGACUGACUUUAGCUGGCAGAGUUUCCAGUUGUGAUCUGGUUGCUUGUAACAAGAGAAGAUAAAUUUUGACAUGGAAGAUUUCGAUAAAGAUUCUCGUAGACACCAGAACCCUAGCGGAUACAGCUUAAGUGCUGAAUCCGGUGAAAGGCAGGGAGUAUGUGCCUUCCUUCUGACAGGAGUCUCCAUAUUAUUGAUAAUCGUUACUUUUCCAUUCUCCUUCUUAUUCUGUAUUAAGGUUGUCCAGGAAUACGAGAGAGCUGUUAUAUUUCGUCUGGGUAGACUACUCAGGGGUGGAGCCAAGGGUCCAGGAAUCUUCUUCAUCAUCCCCUGCAUCGACACAUAUUGUAAAGUUGACCUCAGGACGGUGUCUUUCGAUGUCCCACCACAGGAGAUUUUGUCGAAGGACUCGGUUACAGUAGCUGUUGAUGCUGUUGUCUACUAUCGUAUUAGUAAUGCUACUAUUUCUGUCACAAAUGUUGAAGAUUAUGGUCGUUCCACACGCCUCCUAGCGGCGACUACGCUUAGAAAUGUUUUGGGAACAAAGAAUUUGUCUGACAUUCUUUCCGAAAGAGAGAGUAUUAGUCACGUAAUGCAGACUAGUCUGGACGAAGGUACUGACCCCUGGGGAGUAAAAGUUGAAAGAGUGGAAAUGAAAGAUGUGCGACUUCCGGUGCAGCUACAACGAGCAAUGGCUGCAGAAGCUGAAGCUUCAAGAGAAGCGCGUGCCAAAUUGAUUGCCGCCGAGGGAGAACAGAAAGCAUCGAGAGCUUUACGGGAAGCUUCCGAAGUGAUUGCCGAUUCGCCAGCUGCUCUUCAGCUUCGUUAUCUCCAGACUCUGAACUCCAUAGCUGCCGAAAAGAACUCCACUAUUGUGUUCCCCAUACCGCUGGAACUCUUCAAAGGCUUCUCCAAGGGAAUGAAACAGUAGUGUCAUCGUGUGGAACAUAGGAAUAUUGUGGUCCAUCAAACGUCUGAAACAGGAACUUCGCAUUUAUCCAGUUUUAUAAACGUUUAUAAGUUGAAAAAUUUCGUAUUACAGCUUAUUCGGCAUUUCAACAAUUUUAUUGCUUUUGUAAGAUUAUGAUAUUUUUUUCCUGUUCUUGUAUGAAUUUUUCCUCUUUCAUUCCUAAGUUUAUUGACUUUUACACCUUGUUUAUGGUCCUAGUGUAUGAGGGUGAAGUGUUUUUCUUUUUUAAAGUGCUGAAUGUUGACGUAUAUUAUUAGUAAAUGGUUACCUUGAGGAUGAAGCUAACCAAACUUUGAUUUAAAUAGAUAGCACCAUAGAUAAUAAAGUACUUGUCUGUUAUUAGAACAGGGAACGUGAGGAUGAAGCGAGCCAAACUUUGAUCUAAAUAGACAGCACCAUAGAUAAUAAAGUACAUGUCUGUUAUUAGAACAGGGAACAUGAGGAUGAAGCGAGCCAAACUUUGAUCUAAAUAGAUAGCACCAUAGAUAAUAAAGUACUUGUCUGUUAUUAGAACAGGGAACGUGAGGAUGAAGCGAGCCAAAUUUUGAUCUAAAUAGAUAGCACCAUAGAUAAUAAAGUACAUGUCUGUUAUUAGAACAGACUUUUGAGAUACCCUGUAUACUGGAUGAAACAGCUCCAGGACAUUAUAGGUUUCUUCAUGUUUUUUUUUUUUUUUUACUUCCAUUAUAAGACCUCAUCCAAGAGUAAAAGCUAAAUUUUAGUUUUUAUUAAUUAUUUUCUAUUAAUCUUGAACCACAUCAUCUUGGAUUUACUUUGUUUGUUAUCAGGACUCGGUGUUUGUGGUAUACAUCGACAGUGCAUCGGAUUUACAUUUAACUUUCGGAGAAGAGAGUGCAUCUUAUUUUUGCUUAGUUUAAUCCUUUUGGAGCAGAGUGUAUCGGAUUUACAUUUAACUUAAUCUAUUCUCAGAAGAGGGUACAUCUUAUUUUUGCAUAAUUUAAUCGUUUCGAAGCAGUGUGUAUCGGGGUUACAUUUAACUUAAUCCUUUUAGAAAAGAGAGUACAUCAUAUUUUACCUUAGUUUAAACGUUUCGGAGCAGAGUGUAUCUGAUUGCUACCGACUUUAAACGUUUCAGAGAGCAGAGUACGUCUGAUUUUCACUUAGUUUAAACGUUUCGGAGCAGAGUGUAUCUGAUUGCUACCGACUUUAAACGUUUCAGAGAGCAGAGUACGUCUGAUUUUCACUUAGUUUAAACGUACGUUUGGAGAUUAUGAUGAUUGGUUUUGUUGCAAAGUAUUUUAAAUAUCAGUUUGUAUAUGUGUGUGACAGAUAAUAUUUCUUUGUUUUUUGCUAUAUUUUAUUUAAAUGAACUUUGAAACAUAUUUGGUACCAAGAGAUUGAUUUAGUUUUAGGCAGUGACUUUAGAACUCAGUUUAAUCAUUUUUGCAAUAAUUCACAAGCAUAUAAACAGUAUAAGGGGUUUACUGCAUUUGUUCCAAUUAAAACAAAUUGGUAGAUAUUGAUAAGUCUUUCUUAUCCUGUACAAAAUUAUUUUCCUUAUUGUUAGAAUAUCAGAAGAAAAUCAAUAUUCUAUGU